AUGAGUCUCUAUACUGAAGCCGCUAAUGGCGCUCUGACCCAGUCAAAGUUGCAGAAAUACCUUGAGAAGCAUGGCAUCAACGAGCCCAGUGAGGAGUCUGGCCGCGGCACGAACAGCCUUACACCGCUGGCGCUCGCGGCCCGCAACGGCCGCGUCAACGUGGUGCGACUGCUUCUGAGUCCGGAAAACAACGCGAGAGUAGAUGGGCUGUCAACAAUGCAUAGGACUCCACUGUGGCUUGUGACGGCGCGCGGCGUCCAGCGCCGGGCGGAAGUAGUGCAGCUGCUGCUGCAGCACAAGGCUAACGCGCGGUACAGCCACCCAGACCUGAUGAACGGCUCGACACCGCUAGAGAAUGAGCUGCGGCAGAACCGCGACGUUGCCGUUAUCCAGUUGUUGGUUGAGGCUGGUGGCGUCACCGACAAGGCACGCAAGAUGGCACAGUCACUAAACGAUCCAAAGAUUGAUGCGGCCAUGAUGCCAAGGACGCAGUUUCGCCGCAUCCACGACAAGGCUACCGCACUCAUAAUGUCGCUCGUGCUGUUUGUAAUCCGGGUUGUCAACGAAAACUCGAUCUUCUCGAGAGUCACCAACAAGGUCAGCAAGUUCUUCGGCCGGUUCCACAUCUGGGGCAAAGACAGCAAGAGUAAGCGAGUACAGCAGAUAGAAAAGGAAAUCGGCCAACCAAAAACAAAAGAAGAGUUCCAACAGGGCGUAGCCGACUUUGUCAAGAAGCACCAGCUCGCCAACUUCUUCUCCAAGGAUGACUCCGCAUUUCUCGAUACCCUGACUGCUCAUGCCGUCGACCUCCAAAAUGAUGACUCAACCGACCUCAGCGAGCCGCAAAAUGCAAGCGGCCUCAUUCAGCUCUCGCUUUACCAGCCUGUCAUCUACUGUGAUGACAGCACCUCCAUGAACAUCGACUAUAACCGCUGUGAGGAUCGCAUCCAAGAGCAGCGGGGGCUCGUCCACCGAAUCGCUGGCAUCUGCACCCGUCUUGUUCCCGACGACAAGGGUAUCCAUCUGCGCUUCAUAAACACACGACUGCCCGACGCCGACAACCUCCGUAUGGCCGACGUCGAACGAAUCAUGGCCGACGUUUCCGGAGCCGGAGCUACGCAGAUUGGCACCAACCUGCGCCAACAGAUCCUCGACCCGUUUGUCUACCAGGCCCAUGCCAAUGGGAGCCUGAAGCGACCGGUGUUCAUUUCUGUCAUUACGGAUGGUGUGCCAUCCAAUGAGCCAUCCUUUCAACUCCAGAACGAAAUCAUCCAGUGCCAAGAGUUUCUUCUAGAAAAAGGGCUCUCGCCGCGAUCCGUCAUCUUCCAAAUCAGCCAGAUUGGCAGCGACUCGGAUUCAAAAGCCUUCCUUUCAGGAUUGGCCACAGAUUCUCGGCUCGAGAAUGUCUGCAUAACGGCGCAGCAACUUGAUGCCAAAUUCCGCGAGCUCCGAGACAACGAACGUAAUUUGGAAGCAUGGCUUUUCAAGACGCUGCUUGCGCCCGUUCUAAAACAAGAGUAG